AUGUGUGUAAGAUUAUUGGCCCCAAUGUCAAAUUGGAAUGUUCCUGAUCAGUUUUUGGAAUACUUUGCAAAAAUGAUGUUGGAUGCGACUCCUACGAAAGACAACUUGCCUACAAGUUAUUAUGAUGCAAAAAGGUUGGUGUCGAAGUUGGGUUUAGAAGUACGAAAGAUUGAUUGUUGCAUAAAUGGAUGCAUGUUGUUUUAUGACAAUGAGUUUGGUGUUAAUGAUGAGGCGCUGGAGGAAUGCAAGUUCUGUAAGAGUUUGAGAUAUCAAGUUCGUAGUAAAGCCAUUAACCGUAAACAAAAACAUAUAACAGUGAAAUCCGUGUUUUAUUUGCCGAUAAUACCAAGGUUAAAAAUACUGUUUGCUUCAAUGCACAAUACAAGUCAAAUGACAUGGCAUCAUACAAACAAAACAAGUUCAGACAUUACGCGACAUCCAUUUGAUGGUGAGGCAUGA